AUGUCUGUAGAUGUCGAUGCCAUUAUCGACAAGCUUCUCGAAGUUCGUCUGUCAAAGCCAGGAAAGCAGGUGAGCCUGUCUGAAAACGAUGUUAAAAACCUUGUCAUGCGAAGUCGUGAGAUCCUUCUUUCACAACCAGCAUUGCUCGAACUUGAAGCCCCUAUUAAAAUAUGUGGGGACAUCCACGGGCAGUACUACGAUUUGAUUCGUCUAUUUGACAACGGUGGUUUUCCACCUUCCGCCAACUAUCUUUUCCUCGGGGAUUACGUAGACCGUGGCAAGCAGGGACUGGAGACGAUUUGUCUUGUCCUCGCGUUUAAGGUGAAGUUCCCCGAGAACUUUUUUAUAUUACGUGGUAAUCACGAAUGCGCCAGCAUCAACCGCAUCUACGGUUUUUUUGACGAAUGCAAGAGGCGCUACAACAUUCGGCUGUGGAAGGUGUUCACCGACACUUUCAACUGCCUUCCCGUUGCGUGCAUUAUUGACGAUAAGAUUUUCUGCUGUCACGGCGGGCUUUCCCCUGACCUGCAGUCAAUGGAGCAAAUUAAAAAGAUUGAACGCCCAUGCGACGUUGCUGACACGGGACUCAUAUGCGAUUUACUCUGGUCGGAUCCGGAGGAGGGUCUCUCAGGCUGGGGCGAGAACGAUCGUGGUGUGUCCUACACGUUUGGCCAAGAUAUCGUAGCGAAGUUUCUUAGCAGGCACGACUUUGAUUUGAUCGUGCGUGCGCAUCAGGUAGUGGAAGAUGGCUAUCAGUUUUUCGCUACGCGGCAGCUGAUAACAAUAUUCUCGGCGCCCAACUAUUGCAACGAGUUUGACAACAGCGGUGCAGUAAUGUCUGUAGAUGCGGACCUUCUGUGCUCCUUCCAAAUCCUUAAGCCAUCCGUAAAGAAGCCCAAGUACUUUCAGUAG